CUCCUCUAUCCCAGAAGUCUCGGCGAGCUUGCGCGGUCGGUCUCGCCACUUCCUUGUCUGGCUGGUCAGCCCGCCGAUCCUUGGGCAGGCCCGACGGAUGGCCAGAGAGCGACUGCUUCUGUUGCAUUUGGGGCGAGGGCAGGAGCAGAGCAGGGCACGGAGGGUUGGAUAUAGCUAAGGACCUGCUGAUUUUUGUCUUCUGAUUUGAGGGGCCCCAAACUGGGGACUCCAGGAAGCAAUCCAGUGGUAUGAUGGAUUUGGCUUAUGUCUGUGAGUGGGAGAAAAGGCCCAAAAGCAAUCAUUGCCCCUCCAUUCCAUUGGUCUGUGCCUGGUCCUGCCGAAACCUCAUAGCUUUCACCACAGAUCUGAAGAAUGAAGAGGAGAAAGAUCUGACCCACAUGAUUCAUAUUUUGGAUACAGAGCAUCCCUGGGAUGUGUAUUCCAUUAACUCGGAACACAAUGAAAUGAUCACUUGCUUGGAGUGGGAUCAGUCUGGCUCUAGGCUCCUGUCGGCCGAUGCUGAUGGACAUGUGAAGUGUUGGAGCAUGUCUGACCAUCUGGCCAAUAGCUGGGAGAACACAGUAGGCAGCAUGGUGGAAGGUGACCCCAUAGUGUCUUUGUCCUGGUUACAUAAUGGUGUGAAGCUUGCCCUCCAUGUGGAGAAGUCUGGUGCCUCAAGUUUUGGUGAUAAAUUUUCUCGAGUCAAGUUCUCACCCUCUCUGACGCUUUUUGGUGGGAAGCCCAUGGAGGGUUGGAUUGCAGUGACCAUCAGUGGGCUGGUGACUGUGUCCCUGCUGAAGCCCAACGGGCAGGUGCUGACAUCCACAGAGAGCCUGUGCCGUCUGCGCUGCCGUGUGGCCCUUGCAGAUAUCGCCUUCACCGGCGGGGGGAAUAUCGUGGUGGCUACAUCCGAUGGCAGCAGCACCUCUCCAGUCCAGUUCUACAAGGUGUGUGUCAGUGUUGUGAAUGAGAAGUGCAGGAUUGACACGGAGAUCCUACCGUCCCUCUUCAUGCGCUGCACAACAGACCCAGCACGGAAGGACAAGUACCCUGCCAUCACGCACCUGAAAUUCCUUGCCAGAGACAUGUCAGAGCAGGUGCUGCUGUGUGCCUCUAACCAGAUGAGCAGUAUUGUGGAAUGCUGGUCCCUGCGGAAGGAGGGCCUGCCUGUGAACAACAUCUUCCAGCAGAUCUCCCCUGUGGUUGGAGAGAAACAGCCGAUGAUCCUCAAGUGGCGGAUUCUGUCAGCGACCAAUGAUCUGGACCGUGUGUCUGCAGUGGCCUUGCCCAAGCUGCCCAUCUCACUCACCAAUACUGACUUGAAAGUGGCGAAUGACACCAAGUUCUGCCCUGGAUUAGGUCUAGCAUUGGCUUUUCAUGAUGGCAGCGUCCACAUCGUCCACCGACUCUCUCUGCAGACGAUGGCUAUGUUUUAUGGCUCUUCUUCUCAACGCCCAGUUGACGAACAGGCCAUCAAAAGGCAGCGGGCUGCCGGCCCCUCCAUCCACUUUAAAGCCAUGCAGCUCUCCUGGACCUCACUGGCACUUGUAGGCAUUGAUAACCAUGGAAAGCUGAGCAUGCUCCGCAUCUCACCCUCCAUGGGCCACGCUCUGGACAUGAACAUGUCCCUGCGCCACCUGCUCUUCCUGCUGGAGUACUGCAUGGUGACGGGCUAUGAUUGGUGGGACAUCCUGCUGCAUGUGCAGCCCAGCAUGGUACAGAACCUGGUGGAGAAGCUCCAUGAAGAGUACAUGCGCCAGAAUGCGGCGCUGCAGCAGGUUCUCUCCACUCGUAUUGUGGCCAUGAAAGCCUCCCUCUGUAAACUGUCCUCCUGCACUGUGGCCCGGGUCUGUGAUUACCAUGCCAAGCUCUUCCUGAUUGCCAUCAGCUCCACACUGAAGUCGCUGCUCCGUCCUCAUUUCCUGAACACUCCAGACAAGAGCCCUGGUGACCGGCUGACUGAAAUUUGCAGCAAGAUCACUGACGUGGAUAUCGAUAAGGUGAUGAUCAACCUGAAGACAGAAGAGUUUGUGUUGGAGAUGACGACUCUGCAGUCCCUGCAGCAGCUCAUCCAGUGGGUGGGAGACUUUGUGCUCUACCUCUUGGCCAGCCUGCCCAAUCAGGGGUCUCCUGUCCGCCCUGGCCACAGCUUUCUACGUGAUGGUGCUUCCCUGGGCAUGCUCCGAGAAUUGAUGGUCGUUAUUAGGAUCUGGGGCCUAUUGAAACCAAGCUGCCUGCCCAUUUAUACUGCGACCUCUGACACCCAGGAUAGCAUGUCUCUCCUCUUCCGGCUCCUGACAAAACUCUGGCUCUGCUGUCGGGAUGAGAACCAUCCCUCGGAGCCCGAUGAGACCCUGAUUGAUGAGUGUUGUCUCCUUCCGAGUCAGCUGCUCAUUCCCAACCUGGACUGGCUGCCCAUUAGCGACGGCAUCAUCAGCAAACUCCAGAGCAAGCAGCUGGUGCGGCUUCAGUUUGGGAAGGCACCAGGGCUGCUGGGCUACGCUGGCACCCCACCCUUCGAUGUCCUUGCCAGGGCCCCUGGACAGCCGAAGAUUGACCACCUCAGGAGACUGCACUUGGGGGCGUACCCCACUGAGGAAUGCAAAUCCUGCACCAGGUGUGGCUGCGUCACUGUGCUCAGGUCCCCCCACAAGGCGACGGCAGUGAAGCAGUGGGAACAGCGUUGGACCAAGAACUGUUUGUGUGGGGGCCUGUGGCGCCGGAUGCCUGCCAGCUACUCCUGACCAAGGGGGGCCCUGCAGAGGCCCUGGGCUGGCCCACCUCUACUCUGCCCUUCCCUGCAUCCCAGAAGGGACUUGACUCCAAGUGGUGGCCCUUCAUGGAGUCUGCAGCGAGCACCUCCCAGCCUGGCAUCUUGUAAAUAUGUUUGUAAUGUGCUCUGUACAAAAAAAAGGUCUCUUUUGGGACUUCUUUCUCCUUGAUGUCCUAGGCCACUGUGUGUCAUGUUUUAGUCAGGAAUAGGAACAUCUCUCCUUUCCCCCUCUCCCCCAAAAGAAAAGAAAAAUCUUGCUUUGGGGAAACUGAUGUGAUAGUGAAAUGGAAGCACCUCCAAAACCCUGACAGUGCUCAGGAUGUAGAGGACAAGGGCAGAACUAAGCCUCUGGGCUGACUCUGCCACCAUCUUAUUGGGUGACUUUGGUUAAGUGGCUCCCCUUUUCUGGUUCUGACUUUUCUCAUCUAUUAAAUGAGGGCCUUCAACUAGAAGGUUGAUGGUCAGAGGAUCAUGGGAAUUGGUAAGUCCAGCAUUCUGUAUUCUAAGCUCUGGCCCAGCUCUGAUCUUCUGGGUCUAAAGGGCCCUCCCUACUCUGUUAACCUCUUCCAGGACAGCUCCACUCAGAUCUGGAACUAGAAGGAACCUGGGAAGCCAUCUCAUCUACCUCUCACUGUACAAAUGAGGAAAUUGAGAUUCAGGGAGAAAUAUGCAUUGGAGAUGGGAAGAACCCAAGGUCAACCCUGUGUGUGCUCUUUUCCAAACUGUGACUCCUGAAGCUCCCCAGCAGCAAAUCCUGAUCCUCUUGAGCCAUCGGCAACCCCAAGAUUCAGAUCUGGGAUAAGCGAAACCUACUUUGUUUUGAAAGAUCUUUUUUUUUUUAAACCCUUACCUUCCAUCUUGGAGUCAAUACUAUGCAUUGGCUCCAAGGCAGAAGAGUGGUAAGGGCUAGGCAAUGAGGGUUAAGUGACUUGCCCAGGGUCACACAGCUGGGAAGUGUCUGAGGCCAGAUUUGAACCUAGGACCUCCCAUCUCUAGGCCUGGAUCUCAAUCCACUGAGCUACCCAGCUGCCCCCGAAAGAUCUUCUUUCUGGAUUUUACUUUCCCCAAGGUUCCAAGUCUAUAACUAUAGGGCCUCUAUCUGAAAGGAUUUUUUUUUUUAAAGUUUUUUUACCCUUUUCAAGUACUUGCUUCAGGUCCCAACCAGCCAGCCAGUCUCUUCUGCAGCAGAUGUCUUUUUUUUUUUUGGAAAAUUUAAUUAGUUAAUUUAAAAUAUUUUUCCAUGGUUACAAGAUUCAUGUUCUUUCCCUCUCCUUCCUCCACCCCCCUCCUGUAGCUGACAUGCAGUUCCACUGGGUUUUACAUGUGUCAUUGAUCAAGACCUAUUUCCAUGUUAUUGAUAAUUGCACUGGGGUGAUCAUUUAGAGUCUACAUCCCCAGUCAUAUCCCCAUUGACCCAUGUGAUCAAGCAGUUGUUUUUCUUCUGUGUUUCUGUUCCCACAGUUCUUCCUCUGGAUGUGGAUAGUGCUCUUUCUCAUAAGUUCCUCAGAAUUGUCUUGGGUCAUUGUGUUGCCACUAAUAGAGAAGUCCAUUACGUUCGAUUGUACCACAGUAUAUCAGUCUCUGUAUAUAAUGUUCUCCUCGUUCUGUGCAGCAGAUGUCUUGAGAGGUGGCACAGGAUCAUGGAUAUUGAGCCAACCUCGGAGUCAGAGAGGCCUGGAUUUGGAUCCUGACUGACACGUGCUGGCUAGAUGACCCUGGGCAAGUCCCUGACCUCUUUCCUUAGUGCCCCAUGCAACUCUGUGAGGGGCAGAGCUGGUGCCCAUCAGCACUGAUAGAGAGAGCUCCCUCACUUUGAAUUCCUCAUAUUAGUGAAAUCACAACGAUGGCCUUCUCCCAGACGUCAUAUUGUCUAAUCAGUUCAAGAGACAGUUAUUAAUCUCCUUCUGUGUACCAAGCUUGGGCUGAGGAAGCAAAGGUUUAACAGAGGCCAGCCUCACAUUGUCCCAUAGAUCUGUGUUUUAUAGGCCUUGUUGGGGGUCAGCCUGGCAACACCGAAUACAGUAAUCAAAACAAAACCAAGCAAACCCAAUUCUCUGUCUGUCUCUGUCUCUCUCCCUCCCUUCGUCUCUGCCUCUCUCUGUCUGUUGCUGUCUUUCUCUUUCUCCUCCCACUCUGUUCACGCAGAGUUGUUGUUGUUUUUAAGUUCAUGGCCCCUUGUUAAGCACCCUAGCUUUCAAGUUUCAUUCUUUCUUUUGUCCUUCCUGGAGUGGAGCCUAAGGAGUGCUGAGUUCCCAGACCCACAUACUUAUCCUUUUCCACUUAGAUUUUAAUAUCAGCAGGGGAGAGUCCUUGACCCAAGGCUUGAUCCCUCCCUUUCCUCGCCACGAGAUUAAAUUCCACUUGAGUCAAUGAGAGCAGCUGCUGUCCCUGAAGUCCUGCUGGAAAUGUAUCCUACUUGACUGUGAAAGAGAAGACGGCAAGUUCUGUAUGUUCUUCUGUGGCUUCAGAUUAAGUGUUUCUCUCCUGAGGGCAGUCAUUGGAAAGAUGUGGCUUGACCCUCACCACCUCUCCCCAACCCUUGGACAGACACGCUCCAGAUUAGCUCCUCUCCUUAUUCUCUCUUCAGAGAACCUGGGGAGGCAGGAGGGGCAGGGGGCAGGGGCAGGGGCUCAUGUCUAGGGAACCCCAAAGCCUCGCAUCAGCUAUGAGAGCUCUCCAAGGUCUCCAUUUCUCUUUCCACCACCUGCUGGGGAAGACAGUUUUUAAGUUUGUUUUUAAUUCUUCAAUAGUUUUUAUUAAAUCAUUUUAUAUACUACAAAAAAUACAUCAAAAGUUGUGUUCUUGUAUAGUAACUUGUGUCUUUUUUGGACAGAUCUGAGAGAAAUUGUUGGAACUUUUUGUUGUUAUUAUCCUGUUACUUAUCUAUAGCUUGGACUAAAAAUGAUUUGGUCAUUCAGAGAAAUAGAAGGAUGGUGACCACUGCUAGAAAAUCAUCAUCCAUCAAUGAACUCUAAUGAAAAUGAAAUGUGACUGGGAGUUGUUGUGCAGAAUAAAUUUUGCAUUUUUAA